CUGGUGGCUUUAUGCAAAAAAAACUUUUGGGAAAGUUUUUGCGUAUGCUUUUUUUUUUCCAGAAGAUCACUUGAGAAGAAGCAGGCAGCAAUAAAUGAGUUUUUGAAUCGCUAUUCACUGACGCCAGAGGAGGAACUUGCUCUGAAGGAUGGUACAAUUGAUUCGAAGUUUUUCUCGGCCCUACAACGUGUGAAGCAAAUUCACAGCGAUAGCAAGCAACUUAUUCGUUCAUCUGGCGAGCACCUUGCUGCAAUGGAGAUAAUUGAAGAAAUGGCCGGCAGACUGGAACAGGCAUAUGAAGUCCUGUAUCGUUCCAUUCAGAGUAUGUUUUUAUAUUUUUCGGAAUAAUU